ACUUUCACAGCAAAAGUGUAUGAGUCUGUGCUCUCCAGCUUGACCUUCAAAACGUAGUUUUGGUCUUCCUCACCAAACAUACCAAUAUGACACAUCAUGAAUCUACCCCAAAUUAUUCCUAGCACAUCAUACAUUCAAUCCCAGUAGCCAUUUUUGUACCGUCCGACAAAUAUGGAUGAGAUGAUUGAUGCUGUCAGGAAGAUUGACUUCCAUCACCCAUACACUCCAUAUGAUGUGCAGGAACAAUUCAUGAACACUGUAUAUAAUGUCCUUCAACAAGGAGAGGGUCAAAUUGGUAUUCUUGAAAGUCCAACUGGCACCGGAAAAUCUCUAUCUCUGAUAUGUGCCGCUCUCACUUGGUUGCGCAAUCACAAGAGAUCAAGAUUUGAGAGUUCUGUCGCCGAAGCAGCUGGCAAAUUCAAAGACGAACCUGAUUGGAUCGUAAAUCAGAUGCUCAAGAGGAAACGGGAAGAAAUACUCAAGCAAUGGGAAGAAAGAGAAGCUCGUUUGAAGAAAAUACGAGCUAAAGAAAAGUUAAUGGAGGAGAGAGGGUCCAAGCGAAGAAGACUAGAUGAUGGUAGUGUCAAAAAGAGUAGCAGGCCAGCCGAUGACGAUGACGAAUGGUUGUUAGAUGGAGGUGAAGAUGAAGACAGUUCCCAGAGUAAUGAUAAUUCGUCAGGCUUCAGCAAGGAAACGAGAAGCUUGAUGGAGAAAUUAGGUCUAGGGACCCUUGGAAAGAAAGAGGAGGAAGAAGACAUAGAUGACGGUGAGGUCAAAAUCUAUUUCACAUCAAGAACACACUCGCAAUUGACACAAUUCAUAUCAGAACUACGACGACCGACUUUUCCUACAUCAUUGCCAGAUUCCCUUCGUAGCGAUGACCCAGAAACCGAAACUGAAGGCAUUAAGCACCUUCCAUUAUCUUCCCGACAGCGUCUUUGCAUUAAUACAUCGGUCUCCCGUCUUGGAUCUCUACCAGCAAUCAAUGACCGCUGUGCUGAACUUCAACAGCCUAAAUCCAAGGACAAGUGUCAGUUCGUACCAAAUGCAGACAACUUAAGUUUAACGCAUCAGUUCCGAGACAAUACCCUUGCAACCCUUCCGGAUAUUGAAGAUUUAUUUGAGCUCGGGAAAAAACUUCAAGUUUGUCCAUACUAUGCCUCAAGAACUGCAGUUCCUGGUGCGGAGAUCAUUACGCUUCCCUACCCGUUACUUCUUCAGAAAACUGCCCGAGAUGCACUUGGUAUUAAACUCGAGGGCAACGUAGUCAUAAUUGAUGAGGCCCAUAAUAUUAUGGAUGCGGUAGCGAAUGUCUAUGCUUCUGAAAUCGGUCUUAGCGAGUUGAAGCGAGCAAGGCAAAUGCUUGGUGUAUAUGUGAAGAAAUUUGGGAAGAAGCUUAAAGGCGAGAAUCGGGUUAUGGUCGCGCAAGUUGCUAGAGUGGUGGAUGGUCUCAGAGAUUGGUUGGAGAAUGCAUCGGAACUGAAGAGCGACCAGGGAAUCGUCGACCCCAAUGUUCUUUUGAGGUCUAAAGGUAUUGACCAGAUCAAUAUGUACAAACUCAUCCAGUACAUACAAGAUUCCAAACUCGCAUAUAAGAUCGAAGGCUACGUAGCACAAGCCGAGUCCCAAGAGGCUGGUGUUGAUUCACCUCCAUCACGAUCAACUCCUGUCCUGCAUACACUCCUAUCCUUCCUCGUCUCGUUAAAUAACCUAAGCUCGGAAGGACGAAUUUUCUAUCACAAGGUAUCCCAAAAUGAUAUUAAAUUAUCGUACCUCCUUCUCUCACCUACACAUGCAUUUUCCUCCAUCGCGUCUAGUGCGCGGGCUGUCAUUCUUGCUGGCGGUACCAUGUCACCCUUCGAGGACUACACAGCGCACCUAUUUCCAAACCUAGCGGCAGACAAAAUCACAACUCUGAGUUGCGGCCACGUUAUUCCAUCUUCCAGCCUCUGCGUAUGGACCUUAGCCUCCGCUGGACCGAAGACAGAUACGAAAAGCAUGCAGUUCGAGUUUAGCUUCCAGAAGCGCAGUGAUAAGUCUAUGAUUAACCAGUUAGGUCUAGCAAUCCUUAACAUAUGUACCGCUGUUCCGGAUGGUGUCGUUAUCUUUUUUCCCAGUUACGGGUACCUCGACGAAGUAGUCGCCUCAUGGAGCGCAACUAGUGCAGGUCAACCUAAAUCAUUAUGGGAUCGACUACAAGCGAAGAAAGCCGUAUUCCGCGAGACGAAAGGCGGAUCAAGCGAUGAGGUACUAGAGCAAUAUACCGAAGCGAUUCUAGAUGGCAACGAAAGUAAGGCUAAGACCAAGCCAAAUUCCACACCAGCAGGUCAAACCGGCGCUCUAUUACUUAGCGUCGUAGGCGGGAAAAUGAGCGAGGGCAUUAAUUUCUCCGACCGUCUCGGCCGCUGCGUCGUUGUGGUCGGACUUCCUUACCCGAAUAUCAAUUCACCUGACUGGAAGGCUCGAAUCCAGUACAUCGAAUCGACGACGCUCGAGCGUCUCAAUUCUGCCAACCCGUCCAUGUCAAAAAGCGAGGCUAUCGCAACGGCGAAGCAAGCCGCGCGUGAUUUCUACGAAAACGCGUGUAUGCGCGCCGUGAACCAGAGUAUUGGACGUGCUAUCCGACAUCGUAAUGAUUACGCUGCUAUUGUGUUGGUGGAUCGACGGUUUGCGACUGAGAGGAUUAAGAGUAAAUUGCCUGGUUGGAUUCGUGGGGGUUUGGUUGAGGGGAGUGAGAAUGGAGGGCUGGGACAGAUGAUGGGGAAGUUGAGUGCGUUUUUCAGGGGGAAGAAAGGUGAGGCUGGUGCUUAGUAUCGUCGAUGAUAACUAUUGUCA